AUGGGUGUGGGACUUCAGCCUCUGGAGUUCACGGACUGUUUGACUGAUAGUCCUCACUUUAGAGAAAAUCUCCAUAGACACGAAAAGGAGUUGGAGAAAACUAGUCAACAGAUCAAGAGGCUCAUCAAGGAAGUGAAGGACUUGCUCAGUGCUGCUAAGAAUCUUUCUCGUGCCCAGCGCACACUCUCUAAAAGUUUGGAAAAUUUCAGCUUUGAGUGCAUUGGAACCUCACAAACUGAUGAUGAGGUUGUCAUAUCUAAGUCUUUGGCCCAGAUGGGGAGACUUAUUGCAUCUAUUGAAGAUGAACGAGACAAUAUGCUGGAACGAGCAUAUGAUCAAAUUAUUGUACCCCUUGACAACUUCCGUAAAACUCACAUUGGAGGAGUUAAGGAGGGGAAGAAAAAGUUUGAUAAACAGACAGCCAAAUUCUGUCAAAGCCAGGAGCGGUACCUCAACCUCUCUACUAAAAAACAAGAUAAUGUUCUUCAAGAAGCCGAUGCUACGCUUCAAUUGGAGCAGCGAUCUUUCUGUCAAGCUAGUCUUGAGUAUGUUUUUGUGCUUCAGGCAGCACAAGAACGUAAAAAGUUUGAAUUUGUAGAAACGCUAUUGAGUUUUAUGUUCAGUUGGCUCACCUUUUACCACCAAGGCCAUGAAGUUGCAGAGGAUUUUAAACCAUACAUGCGAGAGCUUCAGAUUCGCAUCCAAAAGACAAGAGAGAAUUUCGAGGAAACUCGAGACAAAACUGAAUCACUUAUGAAAAAAAUGUUAGAAAUGAGGCAAACGAAACCAGUUGAGGCUGGAAUCACAAACAAGCAGUACACAAGGGAGGGAUAUCUCUUCAUGAUGGAAAAGAAAGCCUUUGGAACUACUUGGAGUAAACAGUACUGUACCUAUCAGCGGGAUAAAAAGGAAUUCAUCAUGAUACCCUAUAACCAAAUGACAGGGAAAUUUAACACGUCUGAAAAAAUGAUACUGGCAUCAUGUGUGCGGAGAAUGUCUGAUUCCAUAGAGAAACGUUUUUGUUUUGAUGUUACUUCUGUUGACAAACCUGGUGUUGUUUACACCCUUCAAGCACUCUCUGAAGAGGAUCGCAAGUCUUGGAUGGAUGUAAUGGAUGGGAAGGAGCCUGUAAGUGAAGAACCACACUUUGCUAUGACAUACACACAGCCAGGAAAAGUAGUUAAGGAAAGAGUUGAAGAAAGGGCAUUGGAUGAGGUUGGAUUUAUGUUUGUGAACAAAUGUAUUGAAGCAUUGGAAACUCGUGGUUUAGAAGAACAAGGUCUGUACAGAGUUGUGGGAAUUACCUCCAAAGUAUCAAAAUUGUUAUCUCUUGGAUUGGACCGUCGGAAAUUGGAGAAAUUAAACCUUGAUGAUGCCUUUGAAUGGGAAAGCAAAACUAUAACAAGUGCACUGAAGACUUAUCUACGUAAUCUACCUGAGCCUCUGACUACUUUCAGAUAUCACAAUGGGUUCAUAGCUGCAGCUAAGCAAGAAACCCAACAAAUGAGGGUUAAUGAUGUUCACGUACUUAUGCACCGGUUGCCACAAACAAACUUCAAUAUGCUGGAUAUUCUCAUUUCCCAUCUAACUAACGUCUCAGCCAAGUCUGAUAAGAACCUCAUGAGUGUUAGUAAUCUUGGAGUUUGUUUCGGACCAACUUUGUUACGUCCAGAAGAAGAAACUGUUGCUGCUAUAAUGGAUAUAAAAUUCUGUAAUGUUGUGGUUGAAAUUCUUAUUGAAAAUUAUGAAAAGAUAUUCAAGUCGGAGCCAGAGACUUUGGACUCAAUACCUCCAGAUGUACGUGUGGAAACAAGGAAUGAUGUGAGGCCAGAGACACGACAAGAUUUAAGACCAGACACCAGACCAGAAAUCAGGCCAGAUGUUCGAACAUAUGUGAAAGCAGAGCCCACGUAUAUAUCUACAACCCCACCUCAUUCAUUAACUCAUGGCAUUAUAAGGGGACCUCACCAUGUAUCUCCAGUGCAACAUCAUGUGGGACCAAAGAUACACUAUGAUGGUGCAAUGCGAGGUGACCUGAGUUCUUCUCUUAGUUCAAGCAUGCACAAUGUUGCUAGUGGCGCAGAUACAGUGGUGCAUAGAUAUCACAUGAGUGUUGACCACAUGAGCCGAGAGCAUGCUGUUCCUACGCAGACUUCGCCACAGCAAGCACAACCGCAGCAACCCUCUCAACAAAGGCACAUGGUACGCCUCAUGAGACCAACUAGUCGAACAACAGCCUACUCAGAAGGAAAUCUUCUUAGUCUUCAACAACAACAACAACAACAGCAGCAACAGCAGCAACAGCAGCAGCAUCAAAUGCAAAAGGCCAUGGCUCAACCAUUUUAUGGCGCUCUUGUUAAUGCCAGCCGAGCUGAUGCUUUAAAUAGCACUAGCAGCUCUAAUGAGUCUGUUUCGUCUCUGUCUUCAAGAGAUGUGAAUGUGCACAGUAACUACUCAGCUGUCAUACCUCAGAAAAGUAAAAGAGGAGCUGUCGGAAAGAUGAAUUACCACUUUGCUACCAGUUACCAGCCACAUGAAACUUUCAGACGGGUCCGAACACUUUACGCUUGUCUUGGAGAGAAUGAUGGGGAGCUCUCAUUUGAACCUAACCAAAUUAUAACCAAUGUUCGAUCAUCUCUUGAACCUGGCUGGCUGGAAGGCACCUUAAAUGGUAAAAGUGGCUUGGUUCCGGAGAACUAUGUAGAGGUUCUUCCCUGACCAAUGCUGAGCCCUAGGUUGGGAUCGGGGCUCCCAUCAGGGUCGCGCUCUGGGUAUCGCUCGGGAUCUGGUUCAUCGAGCCCAGCAACAAGCCGCACAGCGUCUCCUCUGCCAGCGCAACUGAGCUCAAGCAGCGCCAGCAGUAGUUCUGGUGUUACUGUUCCUCAUAGUCCCAGUAUUGGAUUACGAAGUGCUGGACAGAGAGCUGGUUGCGACUCACCUGUAAGAAGUCCUGGACCUCAUCACAAAGCCAUUGCUAAUGUUUCCAAGACGGACAUUAAGUCAAAGUUGAAUACAAAGGCUAUUACUGUGCCUCGCAGCUACCCGAGCUGUCAGGCAGGCCAAGGUUCUUGUGGUCCAGUACCCCAGGUGAAGCCCCAUCUCAGUUUAAGUGAUGUGGCUCAAAGAAAGCCUCAUCCCCACCAUUGACAUUUACUCAGCCUGGAGAGUAAUGGGUAAUCAACCGAGUGAAAAAGUGGUUUCGACGUUCUUUACCAUAAUGGUGGACUUUUUGAUAGUGUGGCUGCACUUAUACACUACAUAUUGUCAAUUACUCUUUGUGAAACAAAAGUUUUUUGACUGCUGUAAUCUAGACUACUCAUAAGAGAAAUACGCUAUUUGGCAAAUUUUUAUGCUCUUAUAUCAUUUGGUAGAAGUGUCAAUUUUUCAAUGCUCAUGGCCUUGUAGUCAAAACAAUAUUGACGUCCAAUAUCAACAUAUCAGGAUUAUUGGCUUUUUGUCAUUGAAAACUGAAGUGUAAGCUUUUAUCAUUUUUAAAUGACUAGGGACUGUAGGGAAGGGUUUUUAAUUAACUUGACUAUUCUGUGUUUUUCUUUUUUGAAGGAAACCAUUUGAUCCAAUUGUCCAUUUUGUUAUUUGACAACAAUGUUUGAGCACUGCCAAUGCUUCUGUGUGUGUUUGCACUUAUUUUAAUUAAGGGAGCUGGUUUUGUAAGUGCAGCUACUUCUGAUUCUAGUCUCUAAAUAGAGAACUCUCCAAUGAUACCUAAACCUGUAACUUUUUUUGUUAAUGAAGCAGGAAUGAGAGUUAAAAAAUCUGAUCUUCACAAGGCCAAAACAGAUAUGGGCCAAAGACAGCAUAUAAAAAUGAGCUCUUACUAUACUAGUCUAUGCUUUGAUUUUUUAAAUGAUUUAUUCACUUAAUUAUUAAAUAGACAUGUUCUCAUUUUUCAAUACUUUUAUUUGAAGACCAGUACAAGUACUGUUUGUAUCAUGUAAUCAGGUUCAAUUUAAACUGUAUUUUCUGUGUGUAAAUAAGUAUGCCUGAAUGUCUUGUAACUAAAGUUUUGACCAAAAGUAAUAAUGUUCAUAUUUUGUAAUAAAUCUGUGCCUAAACUGAAUUGACUUAGAAAGUGUAAAAUUUAAGUUAUUGUAUUGUAUUUUCUGUAUACUGCUGCUGACAUGACAAGUCCAGUCGCAAUUUGUAUUUGUAUUUAUUAUGUAGUCGUUGGUCAUUAUUGAACAAAGCUAAUCAAAUAUUUUUUAGGAAUUCUCUAGGCAGUUAAAUUGUACAAUAUUUUUUAACAAAAGACAUACAUUUUGUGGCAAAUUACUGUCAGCUACUAAUGCUUAGUCAGUCAUAAUAUUUCAUGUUCUUCUGGUUUUAUGGAACAUCUUCGUCGAUUGGAGGAAUUAAGUCACCAAGGAUUGUGAAUGUUGAAAUUGAUAAAGCAUUUCCUAUCUUGCCAAUGAUUCCUUUAUUUAAAAUUAUGAAAUGCUUUACUGGGAUGCUUUGCCAGUCGGACAAAAGUCAGAGAAAAGGCGAGAAAGGCUGUGGAUUGCAGUGAAUAUAUUGACGGCCUUAGCUCUAGCCUUACUGCUGUUGUGAUUGAAACUCCAUACCUUUGAAGUGUUCGAAAGUAUGUAUGUACUUAAAGCUAACAUAUCACAAAUUGUGAUUUUUUUUGCAUUCAACUCUCAAUGUAACAACCCCCUCCCCUCCUUCUCAUAAAUUGUAUUUCUUAAUUUGUGUACUUGGGCUGGUAGGUGACAUGACAUACUUCUGACUUAUGUAUCAAUAGAUUCAAUUGUCCAUGCCUUAACAACUAUUGCAGAAAUGACCUCCAAGAUGAUAAAGGUAUGCUAUGACAUUACACAUAAUUCCUGACUCAUACUCAUUUGAGAUUGAUGUUUCUCUAUUUUCUAUGAUAUUAAAAUGCUUCAUCACUCUUUUUACAUUGUAGUGUUUGAAGAUUAUGAAAAUGUAGUGUUUUACGAUUUGUCUUGAAUCACUCCCAUAUCGUAUCCUUGCGUUGCUCUUGACUGAUGCUGAUGCAAGAUACCUUUCUAUUUUUGUCAAAACUCUGACAUUUAAUUUAAAAUUUAGGUGUCUGGUUAAGUGUGCUCUUGGGCUGGUCUCUUGCUUAGAUAUGUAUUUCUACUUCCUGAUGAAUUGGAGGUUCUAGUGAGUAGUUGUUCUGAUUCUGAACUGCAUAAUAAUUAAAUUGCAAUACAAUUAUGAAGAGUACAGCACAGUGCAUGAUGCUUAAUUUAUCAAGAGAAAUUUGUCUCACUUUUUUAGUAGUCGAAGGACUUUUUUCUUAGUAAGGCAAGACUGAGUAAUUUGUGAUGGUUCAAUAGCAGAACUUUUCAUUUCUCAUGAGAUAUUUUGUUAAGGUAUUUAUUCUGCGAGUUCAAGUGUGGAAGAUGGGCACUAUUGGGGGAAUAAUUUGCUUUGACGAUAGUCAUUGUUGUGUUUCGAAUUCCAGUUGUUUUUGGCAGUAUGCAUUGACAUGCAGUGAAUCUGUCAAUUUGACUAACAUUUCAGAAUCAGAAUCAAUCACUAUUCUUUUAUAGAGAAAAUCAUAAGACUCCUGUGCAUAUCAUAUUUUCAAACUAUUGCCAUGCUUCUUUAAAAGGUGAUUUUCCAUUACUUCUGAUAACUAUUUUCCGAUCUUAAGUCCAAUCCUAAUACGUAUCAGUAGUCUAUUUUCUAGGGAGAAAAAAAAAACUUUGCAAGGUAUGGAAUUGCUUUGCUAUUAACUGCCUUUUCCCCAUUGGUGUAGAGACAAAAGUUAGUCAUUAGGACUCCCACUGGUCAUAGAUGCAGCCUUAUUAGAUUUGCAGCCAUUAGUAGGACACUGUUCUAAGGAAAACACGGAGCUCCAGAGUCGCUAAAUGGGAUUCAAACCAAUCGGGUGAUCCCACUAAUGGAUUGCUCUCCGAACGAGGAAUCCAUUGGUGGGGUCACACGUUCGACUUGUGUGACUGUGAAGCUCAAAACGCGCCUAGAAUUUUGGCCGCCUGUACUGGUCUUCUGGCCCACUGUGUGAUGUAGGUGUGGAUCAGGGGGUAUUUAUCUGUAUGAGAGUUGGGAGUUAGCGUGUUGGAAGCGAGACAAGGUUGACGCACUGGCAGGGCCGAGUGUAAUGGCGAGAUUGUAAUGUUCUAGUACUCUUUAUAAUCAGUAUUAUGUUUCAAUCCUACCUUAAUUGUGAAUUCGUUGGAAUAUUUAUUUAGUUGUAUGUUCUGUUUUACUGUCGAAAUGUCUUGUGGAACAGUAGCCAUAGGCGUAAAGUUAAUAUAUACACCCGCGCCCAGUCUGACUUAAGUUGCUUCUGUGCAUACUUCAGAUUAACAGUAUCAAAGAGCAAAUAAUUUAAAGAAUGGCAUUUCCAUAAUUUCUAAUUUUUACUUGUUAUUCCACUUUGUGGAGCUAUUUUUCUAUGAUAAUUUUGUGUGUUAAUGGUUAGAUUUUAUUGCAUGUUGUGUUUGCAAUACUUAACAUUCCAAAUGAUAUGAAUAACUGUUCUAAGUACCUAUGGGACGUUUUUUUCCUUACUCAUGUAUAAAGUCUCUUCUGUCCUUUUAAACUAAUUUCUCAAUGUUAUUUGAAUAUGCCAUGAAAACUUUGUUCUUGUGAAUGCUAUUCUCACUCUAGUUGUUCCUUUGCAUUCAGUUAUUGCAAUGCAUGUUAGUUGUAUAGAUAUCACCAGUUGUAUUUAUGUAUUUACUGGCAAUCUGCAUAUAUGUGUCCUGAAAAAUAUAAACCGAUAAUUGCGAGUUUA